AUAGAAUGGGGUAGCGUGGAUAAGGCACGAGGCCCUGGGAUUUCCUGUCUGGAUUCUCUCAUGACAUGGCUCUCUCUUUCUCUUUCUCGGCCAGCGCACCACAUUUAUGGAAGUGCAACGUCGGAUUGCAUUGCCUGCCUCCAAUAAUCAAUGUACAUUAUGUCUACAGUUCCUAUGUGCUCAAACAUCUUCUCUAAAGACCAUGUUCUUACUAUCACAAAAUUGAUUAGACAUAAUGAGAGAGGUAUUGCAGAUGGUAACGUCUCCACUGGAGAUGUGUUUAGGUGCUUUUCUUCAUCUAUUGCUGGAGAUGUAGGAAGGAGAUGGCAUGUCAUGCGUCACACUGGUGAAUUAUGUGCGAAAGCAAAGAUGGGUGAAGGAGCCGAUGUUUUUUGCACAGUCCAGAACAGAAGGCCUAUAACAUUUCAUGCCGGUAUCGAAGAACCUGUUGCACACAGGGUUUAUAGUAGAGAGGGCCCAGAAAAAUCUUAUUCGAAAAAUGUUUUACAAAGAGAUAAAUCUUGCGGGGAAUCCUAUGGAUCAAAUACAAGUACUAACGAGAGGCAACUGAAGGCAUUGGAUUCUUACUUUAGCAAGCUUCAUAAUGAAAUGAGUGGGCCACCAAGUAUGCCAAAAAAUGAAGAGUAUCAGAUGGACCCCUCGUCUACACAGUUGCUGGAUAAAAUGAUAAAAUCAGUUGACGGAAGUAAUCAAUUGAAAACAAAGAAGGGAAUUGGCUCCCUAGAUGAUUAUUUUGACAAGCUUAACAUGGGAGUACACCCACCAAAGAAAAAGCUAUCUAGUUUUGAUGAAAAAACCACAGACAGUAAUGAAAAAAGUGCACCACCCUCCAUAAGCGGAGAACGUCAUAAGAGAAGUGAAGAAAGGAUCAAUGAAUUGAACAGUUACAUGCUGUUAGAAAGCAAGAAUGAUGAGAAUGGUCUAUCGGCAUAUGGUGAUGAGAAUUUUCAAGACCUUCAACAUGAUGAUGAAGCCUCUGAUCUUUAUAUGAUAAGCAUUCUUGCUUCCAUAAACAUUGCUGUCUUCUUAUUUGAGAUAGCAAGUCCAAUAGGGAACUCUGAUGUGGAGCGCUUGUCCCUUCCUUUAAUGUAUGGCGCAAAGAUAAAUGAAUUGAUUCUGGGUGGUGAGUGGUGGAGGCUAGUAACACCAAUGUUCCUGCACUCCGGAUUUCUACAUGUUGCUCUAGGUUGCUGGGUGCUUCUUACAUUUGGGCCUCAAGUUUGCAGAGGAUACGGUUCAUUCACCUUUUUCUUGAUAUAUAUAUUGGGAGGGAUUUCGGGCAACUUGUCAAGCUUUGUUCACACUCCAGAGGCAACUGUUGGUGGGACAGGUCCAGUCUUUGCCAUACUCGGAGCUUGGUUCAUCUACCAAAUUCAAAACAAAGAGAUGAUUCCGAAAGAGGAGAUGGAGAGUAUGUUUCAGAAGGCAGUGAUCAUCACUGUUUUGACCUUUAUAUUGAGUAAUUUCGAGCGAAUAGAUGACUGGACCCAUCUGGGGGCAGCUUGUGCAGGUCUUGUUUAUGGAUUCCUCACAUGCCCAGCACUGCAACUGGAUGAUGCAUCUUCGAAGAAUGGUCAGGAAGAUGGAAUCGCACUCAUAAGACGACAGGCCGAUCCUUGUAAGUCACUUUUUACAUUUGUCAUCUUCAUUCUCAUUUUGAGUUCCUUAUUUUUCUUUUUUGGAACAUUGGAGGUGAACAGCUUUGUAUAGGGAAGAGGAGUGUAUAGAUAAUAGGAGGUAUGAUCCGGGACGAAUUCUUCAUUCCUUACUACAGUAUGAAUUUUGGUGGGGCUGAAGGUCUAUCUUUGAUCGAAAAGACCAUUGGGUUGUAGGAAUCAGCCAUAGACUGCACAAGACCCAAAAGUAGCUAAGAUUAGAUAAACAACAUACAAUUAAGGGCAUGCAAAAUGGAUGGCUAGAGUAAACGUAAUCUUACUGUCCAUUUUGCUGGCCCUUACUUGGAUGGCUGCAAUCAUCCGAUCAGAGUGAUGUUGGGGUCAUGUUGAAUCCAUGAUGGCCCACUCCUAUCCAAUGGUUCAACCUGAUCAUAGCUAGACCGCACAUGAAAAUUUGUGCAUCAAUAGGGUAUAAACAAUUCGUACUGGAUCAGGCUCUAGAUUGUAUAUCAGAGUUUAACUUAGUUUUGUUUAUAAAAGUACGGUGAAUACUGAAUUGGAAUUGUAAAUAUUCUCCUUCCAGUACUAAUCGCCUUCAAGAAGUGAGCCAUCAUUGUUGGAUCA